AUGAUAUCGCUUCUCUUCAUCGACCAGGACCGGGAUCAGCACACACGCGUAAGGGUCGGGGAUGACGAUGCCGAGUUUUCGACCCCUGUGUCCUCGGCAUUGGAGGCUUCUGCGCCCUUGUCGUCCUUGAGGAUCCUGGAACUGGCGCAUGUACGGCCCCAAGUUGUCCUCGACCACACAAUCGACCGUCUCAAGCUGCAUAUCUCGCAAGCAUCAUUGACGACGGAUGUAACUUACCCACUGAUGGGGUCGUCGAUAUCGAGUGAGGGAGGGUUCGCCGUCCUUUCCGGCGCCGGCACCCGAGAUCCCCGAUGUCCGACUCGCCCUAACCGUAGGUCUGGUGCCACCGCAGUUGUCACAGGGCUACCGAUAGUGACAACGGUGAACCCAACAUUCCCAUCUUUCAUCUUUACAAGCCAAGGUCGCGAGCGGCAGCGAGCACUGGAGUGCGGUAGUAUUUCCCCCCUCCCCGACCGUGCUGGUCACGGUCACGCACGGGCGGGGAAACCGGGUUAG